GUAACACCAUUCUCUGGGCUCCCACCCACAUCAUGUACGCAUCACAGUGGCACAGUCACCAGUAAACUAGAAAGCAGCGCUACGUACUCUCUACUAGUCUCUACAUUGAUCAGUGAUUACUUACUGCAUGCGUGUUCAAUCUAUAUAUGCAGCUUCUACGUCGACGACACGCCGAUCCGGGAGGUGGUCCGGCACCCGGACAUGGGCGGCGACUUCCCGGCGAAGCCGAUGGCGGUGUACGCCACCAUCUGGGACGGGUCCGCGUGGGCCACGGACGGGGGCAAGUACAAGGUCAACUACAAGCACGCGCCGUUCGCGUCCGACUUCUCCGGGCUGGUCAUCGUCGGCUCCCGCGCCGACGAUCCGGUGCUCCGGGACCAGGAGGACCUCCUCGGGCUCGUGACGGCCGACUACUACGCCGCCGUCAUGACGCCGCGGGAGCGCGCGGCCAUGCGCGCCUUCAGGGCGCGCCGGAUGACGUACACGGUGUGCUACGACGCCGUGCGGUACGCGGACGGGCCGUUCCCCGAGUGCGACAACUCGGACGAGGAGAGGGAGUCCUUCUCGGCCUGGGGCGAGUCCAAGACCGUCGUCGUGAGGCCCCGCGCCCGAGGCCGCCGCCCGCGCGGACGCAAGGUCGGCGCCGGCGCCCGGCGCCACGGGACGUGCUGACGUGUCAAGCAGAUGAGAUUUCGUUGACAGAAAAAAAAAAAAACCAAGAUCUGUUGCGAAAGCUAUUUGGCCGACCCGCAUGCAGGUUGUAAAGCUAGGUGUAGGGACUAGUAGGGAUUAAUGCGUUAUGAUUCUUUGAUUCCUUGGGUGACAGUUAUAAAUUUCUUAUUAUUA